AUGGCGGCUGUCUCUUCCGAAUGCGAGCAAGUUGCCGAUCUUACGAAUGCUGAAAUGUCAGUUGAAGAUAAACCUGCAGACGAAAAACCAGUUGAAGAAGUAUCAAAAGAAGAAGAAGGUAAGUUGUGCGAGUAACCAAGUUCAAUAAAAGAAUAAGAAAGUUUAUAGAAAGAAUAGAUGUCAGCCGAUGAUAGCACGUGGUGAAGUUCAUACCCAAAUCCCCACAAAGCCUUUUUUCCGGUGUAUAAUUAUCGGAUGGUUCAUAAGCAAGCUGUGCGAGAUUUGUCAGUGGUAUUUUAGGAAAGUAAAGUAAUGCGAAAAAGGUUACAAUGGUAUUUUGAUAAAACAAACAACAAAUAACAAACUUCGGAAAGAAUUUUGAAUGUGUCAGAUGAACCGUUCUACAGACUGUCUCUAGAUAAACUCGAUGGAUGUAUAGACGGGACUUGCUUUAAUCGUCAACAAGUAGGAAGUCAAUUUCUUGACGGUCAAGUUUUGUUCGGAACUACUAAGUUUUUAACUUAUAUGAUUGGAUUAGUGAGGUAGCUGUCGUCAAAGUAGAACAAAGGGGCAAAGUUUAAGAUUUGGAAUUGGUGUAACAAUAUUUAAAUUUUCUAGGGUGGAUUUACACUGUUGCAAAAUUUUUAUGUGUGUACAAGGGUAAAUCAGAAAGAGGUAAUUUAUGAGAAGUCACACAUAAACGUGAAAGUUGAACAAGAUGUGCGACAGUGGAAAUCCACCUUCAUUGUCAAUUUUAAAUCUUAUGCCUUUAGGAAUGCUUGAUAGGGCUUCACUUUAAUGUGGUCUUUUUUUUUAACCCAUUCACCCCUUGAAAUUUUGCUGAAAAAUGUAAUUUUGAAGCUAGUCGAGCAGUUUUCUGGUCACUGUAGUGCUAUAAAGAGCCAAAACUUACCAUAAGGCCCUUUACAGGUUGUACACUUGGCCGCCUUCUGUCCCAGAAGCAAAAUAUUAGCUUGCAAAGUUCAGGCAUGCACAGAAAACCAAAUUUUGACUUUGACUUUUCACUUUCUCUCCUCCCCUCUUUUGUCGCUUUUCUUGCCUCAUUUUUUUCUUUUGCUGUGCCUUUAGUAGGCUUCAUUUUGGUGGGAAAUGUUUUUGGGAAAGCUUUUAGGAUCUUAGGAUUAGAUGAAAGGAAAGGCAGGUGGAUAGUGGAACAAGAUUUUCCUGAAAAGUUUCAGGUUAUUGUUACAGGUUUCUUUGCCUUUUUCUCCGGUGUCCUUGACUGAAUGGUGCUCAUUCUGGUAUGGUUUAAAAAAACUCUUCACUUUGCACAAGUUAGCGGACAAAAACUGAUGAAGUCACAAGCGGUAUAAGGGACAUGGAUCCGUGUGGGCGGUUACAGGUGUUCAGGGGCAAAUGGGUUAGGUUAAAUUAGUGGAAAUCUAGACAAGAAAUACAAGAAAUACAAGAAAUCUGAUUUCAGCACCAACAAUACCAUCUUGUUAGCUAAAUCUUUGUCAAAAUGUUUGUUGAUUUUAUUGUUUUCCCUGAAAUUUUGUGUGCAGAGAAAAAAGAAGAAGCCUCAGAUGAACACAAAGAAGAGGCUAAAGUUGAAGGAGACCAGGUAAGUUUGGCCAAGUGGUUAGAGCAGUAGAAUUAUAAUCUGGAGCCCCUACGUUCUAUCUCCACCCUAACCACUACAGUGUACCUCGAAUUGUUCUCAAUAGUCUCCAGUUCAACUCUUUGGUCAUGCUUUUCAAGCCAACUAGUUUGCCUCCAGCCAGACGGGAUUCUUACAGUGAUUUUGUUACCAAUCAAUGAGUCCUAGUUCAAAAGAGCAAGGAGUCCUAAGUUGAAAAUGCUUGGGCCUUUAUGUAACCAGACAGUUAACCUGGAGACAGAUGCCAAAAUUCUUUAUUACAGUUUACUGAAAAAAGAAAUCACAUGAACAGGAUAUUCUACCAAAAAAAUCUUCAAAUAAAUUGAUCGUUCUUUGCAUCCUAUGGGAUGCUUGUCAUGAAUUAGUUUGCGUCUUUGGGGAUUUUUAUGCAUCAGGGAUGCAGGACACAGAGGUAACAAAAUCACUGACUCUUAGCCUUGUGGGCUGCAAGGUUAAACUACUGGUUUACCAGUAAUUAUUGUACCAGUUGUGCGGCAGUUCAGCUGUUUUUGCGGGAAAAAAUGGUGAAAGAUUUCACAUGUUACUGGUGUAUGAAGACAACAUAAACAGUUAACUGCCUCAAAAAGGUGACAAGAAUGUACUAAAAUACCACUUAAAGGAUGACAACUAAUUGCUCACAUUUUUCCUUGUUCCUGAGGGAGACAAUGAAUAAUAAAUGAUAAUAAGAUAAAAAUGGAAUAAAAUAAACGUACCUUUAAUUAAAACUGAAAGAGACUGAAAUUUUAAUAGGUGAGAACCUGGCUAUUAGGCUGUAUUAACUGGUACACAUUAUGAUAUGUUAGGGUGUGAAUGGAGACACUAAACAAACAGAGGAGGAAGCGUCAGAUAGCACCAAGGGACUAGGUGACAAAGUAGCAAAACACUACAAUGAACAUCCUGAAGGCAGCAAGGAAAGCCGGAAAGAGAGCCCCAUAUUUUACUUAAGGAACUUUAAUAAUUGGGUCAAGAGUAUAAUCAUUGGAGACAGUCUGGACAAAAUCAAAAGGUAAGGCAGUUUUACGUGGUUCUUAUGGUUCCUGGAAGUUCUGGAGGUUAGUGACAUUUUAUUCUGGCAUUUUCAAGGACUGAAAUGUUGUUUUCAAAAACCAGGGAUUUCAUUAAGAAUUCUAGUAGCAGGAGAAAGGGUGUAACGUUACAGGAGUAUUUUGAAAGAGGCUCCACAUCUGAACAGAAAGUAGACGUAGGCUGCCAAACAUUUGCUGGAGACUUCUGUGAAGUAAACGGGGAAUUCUCCAAUCUCUGAUGCCCAAUGAGCACCCUGAAAAACCGUACCAACCUUCUUAGGCAGGUUUCAGGCUUUUUUCGAGCUGUUUAAAAACAAUACUGAAGUCCCACCAAAAAAGGUGAAAAAAACUCAAUAACUCANAACGUACCUUUAAUUAAAACUGAAAGAGACUGAAAUUUUAAUAGGUGAGAACCUGGCUAUUAGGCUGUAUUAACUGGUACACAUUAUGAUAUGUUAGGGUGUGAAUGGAGACACUAAACAAACAGAGGAGGAAGCGUCAGAUAGCACCAAGGGACUAGGUGACAAAGUAGCAAAACACUACAAUGAACAUCCUGAAGGCAGCAAGGAAAGCCGGAAAGAGAGCCCCAUAUUUUACUUAAGGAACUUUAAUAAUUGGGUCAAGAGUAUAAUCAUUGGAGACAGUCUGGACAAAAUCAAAAGGUAAGGCAGUUUUACGUGGUUCUUAUGGUUCCUGGAAGUUCUGGAGGUUAGUGACAUUUUAUUCUGGCAUUUUCAAGGACUGAAAUGUUGUUUUCAAAAACCAGGGAUUUCAUUAAGAAUUCUAGUAGCAGGAGAAAGGGUGUAACGUUACAGGAGUAUUUUGAAAGAGGCUCCACAUCUGAACAGAAAGUAGACGUAGGCUGCCAAACAUUUGCUGGAGACUUCUGUGAAGUAAACGGGGAAUUCUCCAAUCUCUGAUGCCCAAUGAGCACCCUGAAAAACCGUACCAACCUUCUUAGGCAGGUUUCAGGCUUUUUUCGAGCUGUUUAAAAACAAUACUGAAGUCCCACCAAAAAAGGUGAAAAAAACUCAAUAACUCACCUGCUGUGAUCUCUAGUCCUCUGUCUCUUUGUUGCCUUGUGUUCAAAGAAUUUAUUGGAAGGGUAUUUAAACCCUGCUUUUGGUAAAUAAUUAUUGCUCAAAAUGUUUUCCUCAUGUUACUUAGAGUGAAUUACAAGGAUAUAUCAGUGCUUGAUCUUUGCUGUGGAAAGGGAGGCGACCUGCUCAAGUGGCAGAGGGGAAGAAUAAAGACUCUUGUAUGUGCAGGUUGGUCUCAUUAUUUUUAUUUCUGAAUAAGUAAAUAAAUAAGUAAAUUGAAUAACAAUAAUAAAUAAAAAAGCUUUAUACAGGGGCGUAGUGCGAGACAUCUAUAUUCUUAACCUUCUUAACCCAUCUUCUGCCAGCAGAUGUGAUUUCUGGUUCAUUUUAAUUUUUGGUGUGUUGGUGAUUUCUUUCCCUCAGACAUUGCUGAAGUUUCCGUAGAGCAGUGUAAGGAGAGAUACAAAGAGCUUCAAAAGACACAUGAGAGCCGGCGUUACCGCGACCCUCUUUUUGAACCUGAAUUCAUCACUGCAGAUUGUAGCAAGGUAGAAUCUAUUCAACUAUUUCAAAUUGCUCCGAUUAUGUGCUUUCCAUUCAACUUAGAGCUCACAUAUUUCUUGUCGUCUACCCUUAGCCUGCAUUGCAGACAUGAUUUAACCUUGGUUAGUAAUGUCUGCAAAUCAGGGCCGGGAUCCUUGUUCUGUACCCCCAACAGACUCAAUGAAUUACCAGAAGAGCAUUUCAAAUUUCCUUUCAUAAUGAUUAGCAAUUGACAAUGGCUUUAUUAGCAGGUCAAUCAUGGUGUGUACUCGAAUCCUUGUACACAGGUAUGGGCCCAGAACAAGGACUUGGGAGCUGUUUCACAGACAGACAAACCAGAUUUUAGUUUUCUCUGCGGCACAGGCAAUCUUAUCCUUUGAGCUAAAAUGGACCCACCUAAUAAAGAAAUUCACCUUCCUGGACUCUGUGCUUUUGUUGGUGAAUUAAUUCAGAGAACAAGAAUUGCAUUCCUUGUUGAUAUCAACCCCUUUAUUACCAAUCCAGCCCAUGAGGAGGUUUUCCACACCACUGGGGUCUACACCCCCUACUAUUUAUGAACAGCAAGGUGGAGAACAGUGAAAGAGCUUUAAGACAGGGCCUAUGGUUUCUGAGAAGACUAGAAUGUCCUUAGAGCCAUUUGUGAAUGUCAUUACAAAGGCAGCCCAUUCUGAGUGUCAGUCCAGAAAGGGUUUGAACUCAUGACCUCCAACUCAGCAGACCAGUGCUUCUUUAAUUGAGCUAACCGGGCAGCUGCAGAGGAAAAUACUCAAACUUGACAGGGCUUUCCCUGUCCCUUGGUCUAUCAGGUGGAAGGCAUGUUGGCCUAAUGGUUAGUGUGUGGUACUCCAAAUCAAGAGCUCUGACUUUGAGACCUGGCUGGGUCAUUGCAUGUGUUGUGUUCUUGGCAACACACUUUACUCUCAUAGUGCCUAACUUCACCAAGGAGGAUAGCCAAAUUUAAAGCUGGGGAUAACAUUGCCAUGGACUUGCAUCCUGUCCAGGGGUCAAUAGAAAUACUCCUAGCUGCUUCAUGCAACAGAAAGCAGCGGAGGGCGAACCAUUUUCAUAGACCAUUUCUAUCAAAAGCAGUUUUUACAACAAAUGUGCAAUUUCUUUCUGGUGCACUCAUUACUUGCAAGCUAUGGUUGCUUAUGGUAUAGACCAAGUUAAUGUUGUUAUGGUGGCACGAUUUCUUUUUCUCUUUCUUGAUUUUCUGAGAAGCUCAAGAGAGAAAUGUUAUUAAAAAACUGUUAAUGUUAUCACAAAAACAAGUCGACAGAAAUUUUCUGUGGUCUAGAUACUCUUAUUGAGUAUAGAGAUGGUGUCAAAAUGUUCAAAACCUUGCCGUGAAACCACUCGUCUGUGGCUUGAGUUUCCACUUGAGUUUUUACAUUUUGAUGUCAUAAAUCUAUGGUCAGCAAGAGUAUACAUCAUGGAAAACUGUUGCUGAUUUGUUAACUUUUCCUUGCCUUUACCUGGUCCAUCAGACCACAAGUUUAACAGGCCCUGACAUAUUCGUGUGACUUGCAUUCAACAGGAACGACUUGCUGAUAAGUACAAGGAUAAAGAUCAACAAUUUGACCUGACCAGUUGCCAGUUUUCAUUUCAUUACUCAUUUGAGAGUUAUGAGCAAGCUGAUAUGAUGUUGAAGAAUGCUUGCGAACGGCUCAAAGUCGGAGGAUUUUUUAUAGGAACUACUCCAAAUGGUUAUGAACUAGUGUAAGUAUUUUGUUGAUGCCUUUUAUUUGUUUUUUUACUGUUUCUUAGUAGUCAUCACUGGUUUUCCCAGGUAGAUGAAAGCCAAGUCAGGUCAAUCAUACCCCCCUACAUUAUAUUUUAAUUAACUGAUUAUUUGAAAAAUGAAUCCCUUAUUAGUGGCUGCCACAACAGGUAUCAAAUUCAAAUCUGCAUUCCUGCAUGCGUAAUGAGCAAUGGAGAUCUAUCAAAUUCUGAUCUGCAUUCCUGCAUGCAUAAUGAGCGGUGAAUUUUUUGCAAUGACUUCUCUGUCUUCAGUCAUAUUGAAAAAUCUUUGAAUUGAUGAAACUGCUUUGAAGACAUUCACAUCAAAUUUAAGAAAACUGAUCUGGUAGAAAUUAUCUACCUUGCUUAGGAAUUCACUACUCAUAUAAAUGCAGGAAUGCAGAGGUGAAUCUGACAUCAACAGCUACCAACAGAUUCAACCUUCCAAUGAUAAAUUCAAAAAUGGAACCUUGGAGGGUACGCUUGACCCGGCUUGACUCUAAUAAUGUUAAUUGUUGUAGGAUUCUAAGGGGAAAAGUUGGUUUCUUUGUCAAAUACUUGUAAUUGUUAGGAACAAAUAAAUGUUUCAACUAUUUUUCUUACUACAUGUGUACUAAUGGUAUGUCAUAGCCAGAGCUUUCAAUAAGAUCCUAUAUCCACCAUACUUCAGCAGAGAUAUAAUUUGUGAAUUCUAUGAUAACUGAGUGAUUACUCACAUGUUGAUUAGUCAAGUUCUAUGGUCUAUUGGCGGAGUAUAUUGGAUUAAUUUUCUAUUGGAGUAUAGACCAUGGAAAUGAUGUAAUGAUGAUGAUUCAUUACUGGAAAUGAUGUAAUGAUGGUGAUUCAUCAUUGGAAAUGAUGUAAUGAUGGUGAUUCAUCAUUGGAAAUGAUGUAAUGAUGAUGAUUCAUUAUUGGAAAUAAUGUAAUGAUGGUGAUUCAUCAUUGGAAAUGAUGUAAUGAUUAUGGUGAUUAAUUAUUGGAAAUGAUGUAAUAAUGGUGAUUCAUUAUGGGAAAUGAUGUAAUGAUGGUAUGAACUAAAUUUUUUUCAAGAAACUUCACUGAGAAUGAGUGUUAAAAACUGUCAAUGUUAUUGUAAAGAACAAAUAGACAGCAAUGGUCCUUACAGUGUUCUUUACAUUCUUUCAGCAAAUGGAUUUUCAUGUAGAUCAGUAUUUUGAAUAAUUUAUUUUUCUUUUCAGUCGUCGAUUAGAAAAGUCUGAAGAUAUGUCCUUUGGUAAUGAUGUCUAUAAAGUUACUUUUGAAAAAAAAGGAGAAUAUCCUUUAUAUGGCUGUAAGUACGAGUUUCAUCUGGAAGGAGUUGUCGAUUGUCCAGAGUUCCUGGUGUACUUCCCUUUGCUUGAAAAGUAAGUGUUAAGAAGUAGUAAAGCUACAGGCAACAGAAAUGGGCAACUUGUUUCGAAAAAUUGCUGCAAGACAAGUUGAAAAGUGAUGUUGUGUGCUUUUCCACCCACGUUCAAACCAGUCUUGCGGCAAAUCAGCUUUUGCAUGCUGCGUAAAUACUGACUUUUGAUUGGAUAAAAUUAUGCAGGAGUUGUGUCAUACACAGGAGUUGCGUCACUUGCUGCAAAAUGAGUUUGCCGUGGGCCGGUUAAAUGUGCAACAUGUUCAGAUUCUGUUGAAAAAGUAGAACUACUCUCUACUUUCUGCAACAGCUUUUUGCAACCUGCAAAAACAACCUGAUUUGUUGCCAGACAGGUUUGAACGCGGGUGGUAGAAUGCCUAACAUCGCCAUUCAACUGUUUUUGCGGAAAUGUUGCAGAACAAGUUCCAUAUUUUCGUAGCCCAUUUCACUGUACUUUAAUGCAAUAAGUCUCGUGUAGAUUUGUAGCUUUUUGUUGUAUGCUGAAGGUGUAGCAGCUAGUCUGUGAUGGUCAGUGGUUUUUUACCAUUUACUUAGGCAAAUCGGUCGGUUCCCAGUUUGGGUUAACCCUUAAAGCCCCAGUAUCCACAUACAAGUUCUCCAAACUGAUCUUUAUACAUUUCCUGAAAGAAUGAGUUGAGAGAAUUUGAUAAAAGAUCAAGGUAUUUUUUUCUUGUGUGAUCACUUUAUUAAUUCUCAUAACUUAUCUGUUGACAGUGUAUGGAUAUUGUUAGGAGAAAAUUUAUCUUGGUCACUAUUGGCACUUAAGGUUUAACUGUAUGAAAAAUUCAGGACUGGCAAAUUUCGUCCGGAAAUGUGUUUAGCAUUUGCACAAGUCAGUUCCAUCCACCAAAAAGUGGCCUCAAAGUUCUGAAGCUAGUACCACAUGUAUCAAAGAUGGCUUUGAAGAAAGGGAACACGAAUUUCCGUUUUGGAACAUUCCGUCCUGAAAAACAGUACUACAAUGAGGGACAAAAGUGUUGGCACACUUCCGUAAAAUGGCCCCUUUUUGCAUAGUGGAUAUACUUAUCCCAUUCCCCUGUCUACCCCAACCCCUUCCCCCCCAAAAUCAAUGUUGAAUUUUGGACCCUCAAGUCUUUUUUUUACUUCAGACAACAUUGAUUCGGGGGGUGAGGGGAUUUACGGCGUUUAAAAAGAAUGAAAUAAUAGAUGAAUUAAAUGUUUGCUAAAAGCACCCGUUUUAAACAAGUGUGUCAACUACUUUUGUCCCUGAUUGUCUGAAAUAUGUAUCUGUGUUUUCCGGCUAGAUUUUUGACGCUGCUGAAUUUUUGUGCGAUGACGUUACUCUAUGGGCCAAAUUGUUUUUUUUAGAAACAACAAUUUGUAAAGUUUCGUCCUGAUUUGUAGUAUACGUAGAGUAAAAUGUACGAAGCGUAUGUCAUCACUUAAUCUUGUACUUCCGCGCGCGUUCCUGAUACCCUGUGGGGUCGAGAGGAAAUCAUUUGUGUUAUGAUCAAUGCCGUUGCAGCGGAUGUAAUGUUUUCACAAGUAUUAUCAAUAGUGGAAAAAGGAUGGAAACACUAAGGUGCAAUGGAAAUUGUUCUGGUAAAUGAUUAACUUAAGCGAAUGAAGUACUGCAGAGUAACUGAGGGGACAUGCAUUAUUUUUGACAUUGACUUGUGCCAUUAGUGAAAGGACGUGAACAAUAUACAGGUUAUGAACCUCAUAAAUGAUGGGCCAGCCGUUUGUGCUAUGUCCUAUAUAUAGAUGUGUGUUUUUUUUGGAGACCUUUUCAAACCUAAGUGAUCCAAACCUUUAGCGUAGGUAGGCGUCGAACAGGUUAGACCAGGUUUUGGAAUGUACUUUUGUAAUGAUUUUAGAUGACCGCCUGCCAUUUAUUCAGUGGCAUAAUUUUUUUAUUGAUGUUGGAUGGACAACUAUUUCAUUUCCCAGCUCGUAAAUCACAGAAUACCAAAGAAAUUGUUUUCAAGAUAGACACACCAGUUUGCGUCAUCGCCAAAACAGCAAUUACUUUUGCCCAGAAGUUCACUUGAUGACAAGGAAAGCGGGAUAACAUGUGAUCAAUGACGGCCGUGCGCUGGAAAAUUUUCCUUUUUUAUGCGCUAAUUCCUCACGAAAGGCAAAAGAAGAUUCCGCUAUGUAGAAAGUACUUCGCAAUACGUAUUCUUGGCAAGAAAAAUUCCAGCGAUGUGGUGCAAAUAAGGAGUUUCAACGGUUAACCACGAGAAUACAUAUGGACAUUAAGAGGUCAUAACAGACUCAUUUUACUUUUCGUUUUCCGAAACGUGGUUAACCGUUGUAACACGAAGGAAGCAGUGUUUUCCUCAGUUUGAGCUGUCGUUUUCUUUGAGAGUCAAAUACCAGUUCACGUUUCAAAGCUCUCUUUUCAUUUUCUCUGCCGACAAUAGACAAAAACACAGGGUUUCGCUUGAGAAAUACAGUCCAAAUACACAGACAUAUGCGCUCAUGUCACGCUAUUUGCGUUGCGUUAUCAUGUCACUCAUGGUGUCACGAGGUGGGAUUGAAAGUAAUUGUUUUCGUGGACACUUGCAAUGUUUGCUACGCUGUCCUUAGUUUUUUAUUGAAUUGGCCAUGAAUUUACCUUCACUUUUCCGUAGUUUCGAUAUUGAACGCAGUGACGGCCGCUCCGCACUAACGCUCCAUAUUUCCGUGGCCGGCCAGUGACUAUCCCCACUACGUGUCAAUCCUUACCCUACCCGUGAUUGUUUGCGCCUUAACCAUCGGAUAAAGUGAAGAACGAGAAAUAUUCACUUUAUUAAAAACAUUUUCAGUACGCGUACCCUUGAAAUUCAUCAAAAGUUGUACAUGUGCGCGAGUUUCAGCGUUAGUUUUUAGCUUGUAAACCAUAUCGACGUUAAUUCUGGAUAUCGCAGCCCUUUUAUUACGUCAUCACGUAAUUCCAAUUGGCCCUAUAAUUCGGUCGUGAAUAAGUCAAUGUCACCCCCACCACCAAUAACAUAAUUAUGUCUUUGAUUUCUUUAAUUUCAGUUAAAAUCAGUGUCAUGCACGGCUCAACUUGUGUGCAGUAGCACAAUUUUGCAUUCAGACAAUGAGGGACAAAAGUGUUGGCACACUUCCGUAAAAUGGCCCCUUUUUGCAUAGUGGAUAUACUUAUCCCAUUCCCCUGUCUACCCCAACCCCUUCCCCCCCAAAAUCAAUGUUGAAUUUUGGACCCUCAAGUCUUUUUUUUACUUCAGACAACAUUGAUUCGGGGGGUGAGGGGAUUUACGGCGUUUAAAAAAAAUGAAAUAAUAGAUGAAUUAAAUGUUUGCUAAAAGCACCCGUUUUAAACAAGUGUGUCAACUACUUUUGUCCCUGAUUGUAGCUUUUCAGUUGCUGCUCCCAGACAUUUUCUGCUGGAAUGACCCAAAAAAUCGUGUUCCAUUUACUUUCUGACCAGAUUUUCCGGAAAUGUUUUGUAAAUGGUUAACAACCAGCGUUUCAAUCUGUAGUCUCUACCAUCUGAUCCUUUGUUACUGUUUGCUUGAACAAAGAAAGUUCACCAAACAAUCUCUUUCUUUUUCAGAAUGGCCGAAAAAUAUGACAUGAAGCUUUUAUAUACAAAGACUUUCCACGACUUUUUCCGAGAGAAGUCAAGUGAAUCAACUUCCUUGCUCUACAAAAUGAAAGCGCUAGAGGUAGUUGUUAAGCUUAAAUCUUUGUAAAAUGGAUUUUGUUGGUUGAUUAUCAGUCAACAGAAGAUAAACAUUGUAUCAAUAACAAGUCACCAAAGAAAAUGUUUUUUUGUAAUUGAGUUGUAUGACUCAAGAUAAGGGAUCCGUAAUCCGUAUCUUAUUUCUGAUUUUUUUUUGUCUUUUUAAGACAUACCCCCCUCGACAAGAGGGAGAAAGCUUGGUUUCGACUGCUGAAGAUGCAUACACUCACGCAAAAGACUUUUUAGAAGGUAUUCAGCUGAAUCAAGAGAAAUCCUCUUCAACCAGCAAGUACCGAGAUCACAGAGAAAAGAACCUCAAACAUGUUGUAAGUAAUGAUCUGGGGCCAAAUGCUUAAAAUCUAACGUCAGAUCGAAACUACAAACGUCUCGCGUCUUGGUUUCUGGCUAUUUGAUGUCUUUUGUCAGAAGGGAUUUACGCUGGCCUAAAUCUUUAUCUUCAAUCGGUUAAUUGUCAAUGGCACACGCUAAUAGUGGCAAUAGGUGGCAUAAUUAGGCAGUAGAUGAUGACAGAUAGGUUUCGGCUGUGGACUUAAACAAGGGCAAAGACGGAGCGAAAAUGGCAGUAGAUGAAGCCUGUUCCACACAGGUGUACAUCGGGCAAAAAAAGAGUAUUUGUAGGCAUCAACAAAAGCGGGUAAAAGGUUGUAUGUCAUACUACGGAACUUUCUCCUGGUACAGGAGGUGUUAAGAGGCAACUUACUAGAAGAGGGCAAAGCGACUAAAUUAUAUUGGAUCGUAUAAAAAAGUGAUAGAUCAGUCAGUGUUUUUCGUUCUUGCAGUGAUGACCAGGUAAGUUUUUUUAAUUAAGGAAGACACACUUGUGGAUCUCUGAUAGUCGUUAUACACAAUCUUGCUGCUCACCUUUGAACCGAUUCCACGGUCGCAACACCCUUUGUGAUAUGAGGAUUCCAAGUUGGACUAGUAUACUCUGUUACACCGCAAGCGGUCGUCCUUUUUGGCUCAGAGCUUCGCGCGACGGGCGAAAAAGUGAUCUACCGUGACUCAAAAGAAAAAUAAGAGACUAUUUAUUGAGUGUGUAGUUCUAACUUUUGAGUGUGCGGAUGAAAUCCUAUGGUGUUUCCAUUCAAAUGAAACCUCUUCAGCAGUACUUUCACAUGGUACUAUUUAUUUAGUAUGUAGUAUUAACUUUUGAAUCUGUGGAUGAAAUCCUAUGGUGUUUCCAUUCAAAUGAGACCUCUUUAGCAGUACUUUCACACUGUACUAUUUAUCGAGUAUGUAGUUCUAACUUUUGAGUGUGUAGAUGAAAUCCUUUGGUGUUACCAUUCAAAUGAGAUAUCUUUGGCAGUACUUUCACCCUGUACUAUUUGUUUCCAAAAUCUCUACUAGGCGGCCAGCUUGUCAUUGACUGUAUUACAAAGCAAAGACUAUUUAUUUAACGUUCUUAGGCUAUGACUGAUUUUUAUCUUGUUAUAUUACAGGGAACAAUGUCCAAAUCUGAGUGGGAGGCUAUUGGUAAGUGCCGAAGGUAGAGGAAUGUCACACAAGUUUUGUUAAAGCAAAUUUUUUGCCCGAAUUUUAAUGUGUAUCCUUUGCAAUGUAUCAUUUAAACUGUGGCCAUCUCUGAGGCGGUUUCUUCUUGUAAGCUUUUGUUCAUUUUAGGUCAAGAUUGACACUAUAAUUUGUUGUUUUCUUCUGUUAUACUUUGAUGAAAGAAAGCGAAUCCCAUACAUUCUUGGACUCUGGAUGCCACGCGGUGGAUUCCGGAUUCCGUAUUCCAUGUUCUAGAUUCUGGCCGGAUUCUUAGUCAGUGGAACUUGGAUUACGGAUUGCAAUCGUUAGUGGGAUCCGUAUUCCUUGAACUGUAUUCCAGAUUCCAAAGCCCAGGAUUCCUAAUUACACGAGAAAAUUUCACCCGGAUUCGUAUUCUACAAGAUUCCGCAAUCCGGAUUCCUUACCAGGGGGAAAAUUUAAAGUCACAUAGUAAAUCGGUUUUCUUUUUUGCCAGGAAUGUAUUUGGCAUUCGUCUUUGUUAAGAUUGACCCGGAAGAGGAAAAGAGGAAGAAAGAGGAGGCUGAAAGGAGGGAGAAGGAGAGAGCUGAACGGGAAGCUGAACGAAAAGAGAGAGAACGUGAAAGAGAGGAGAAAGCGAAAGCGGAAAAGGAGAGAGAAGAGCAAGCGAAGGCUGAGCAGGAGAAGGAAGAGCAAGCGAAGGCCGAGCAAGAGAAAGAAGAACAAGAGAAGGCUGAACAAGAGAAAACCGAAGAGGAAAAACCGGAAGAAAUGGAAUCCGAGCCAACAGAAGCCGCUGAGGCUGCAGACGAAACUACUGAGAGUGAAUCACGGAAAAGGAAACACGAGGGGGGCACUGGGGAACAGGAAGUGGAAGAUGACGGAGAACCCGCGGCAAAGAAACAGGAAACUACCGAGGAAACUUCCGGUUAACAGUCGUUGAUUGGCAGGGGUGGGUUGAAGUGGGGUCUCGCAAUUGCAAAGUAAAUAAGUUUUGUGGAAAGAUUGCUUCAUCAGUGGACUUUGUCUUUUUUUCCUCCAUUUUUCAACAGACCAGUCUUGAAGGCCAUGUCUAAAGGUUUAAAAAACCAUGUCUUUAAAUUGUGUGUAUUAAGCUGAUGUGGAGAUAGAGUUGCGGAAAUUGUUCAAGUUGUUCGAUAACUGGAAACGACUGAACGAUAUUCAAGUCUUACAAAAAGCUUAAAGAGUAGAAGCAGCUCAAAGCUUGAUUCAUUAGUUAACUUAGCUGUAACAGUCUGCGAUCAUGCCCGCCCUAUAUCCGGCUCUACGAGGUGUUCUUUCAUAAGUUUAGCACCGUUCCUUUGAAGCUAUGAAACAAAAUAAGACGCUCAUUUGGGAUUCUAGAUGACACUGCCUAUAAUACCACAGGCAAAUCCCCCUCUGUGUUUCCGUUGUUUUUAUUUAAAUCUGAGCAUCGAUCGGUUGUUCUUUAUUGAAGAAAUCAGUACAGAUUUAGAGCCUGCUCGCAGACUGGAUCACAGAUUUUAAAAACAACAACGGCCACUUAAUCAGAGGUCACUGGUGGGCUGCAUGUCUUAAAAGCGAGUUUUGCCUCAGAGUCUCCUUAGGCUGUGCCUUCGUUCCUAGCAGUGAUGGCUAGCGUCUCUAUCAUUCUGCCCUAAAGCCUCAAUGGUCUGCCAGAAAGUAGAAUUUGAUCCCACAGAACACGCGCCUCGGUGCUUUUAGUUUCUAUUCUUUGUUAAAUAAGUAACUCUUAGAGUGUUGCAGUAAGAUGACGCCUUCCAUAAAACUAAGUCUAGCCCACAGUUCUCUGAUAACUUGUUGCUUAGUAACCUUCAUUUUAGCGACGACAAUCUCAUGUGAUCCAUACAUUCAAUAUCUGAUUGGCUAAUAACAGCAACUGCCAAUCCCCCAUGUGCUAGAAGUCUUUUAUAGUGGACCAAUGUCCACUGUAUUUUUUCUUCACGCGUCAACCACACUUUCCACGUCAUGCUUGAAGUAUUUGUGUACAUACGAAACUAGUCAACAGCUCGUUAAGUGUUUGAAUUCCCUUUUUUUUCUAGUAAAAUGGCUGUAUUGUUACUAAAUUUCUUAGCCCGCCGCGUCAAAGACCGUCUAUACCGCCGGUAUUUAUAGUCUGUUUAUAAAUUACAUUGUCCAGGUUUUGAGUGAGCUAGUUUUGCGUGCGGCUGCACCUCUAGCCUGUGUUCAACCUCCCCUCCCCUCAGUAAAAAUCGAGUUUUACUGAGUGGAGGGGAGAGGGGUCUGCACACUGGCUACUGCACCGCAUGCUACCCUUUUACCCUCAUUUGUGAAUUUUACCUUACCCGAACUUAAACCCUCUCACCUCUAAUGGUGGCCAAAGAAAAAUAUCACAAUUAAAAAUUCAAAUUUCUUUUUGUAAAAUCCGAAGAAAUAGUGAACCAUGCAAAAGUUCUGUCAAGGCUUUUCCAUGUGAAUGGUAACGCCAUAGGAUUUCGUUCACAGAUUUAACAGAUAGACAAAUAUUAAUUCUCGCAAAAGCUUGGUCUAGGGGUAAGAAGGUCAUGAAAGGUUGGUGAAAACUUGUACUUGUAUAUCAUGUUAUUACGCUGUUAUUCUACCCUGUAAUGCAUAUCCACGCUGUGAUCUUGAUUAAAGAACAUAAC